AUGUCGACUAUGUCUACUGCACGCUACGUUCCACGCACACCGGAGCUCGACGACGCGCUCGACAAGUUCUACAACGCGUUCGUUGACAUGCUUGUGGGGAAGAUGAGGCCGGGGCAGUUUGUGGACAAACCAGAUCUGUGGAAGACCAUGCAGGCAGCGAGUGCCGUCAAUGGAGUGCUGGAGACCUGCGAAGCGGAAACCCCCGAGUACGACGACCUCCUCGAGGAGGUGAAGCGAUGGAGGCCAAAAUACCUAGACCCUUUGGGCCACGUUCCAGCCAAAACCUUCCUCCCUCUCGCUGAGCAGCACAUCGCGCCCUCCAUUCUCCGCAAGUUAUACGCACCUCCCAAGUCUGGGAUCGAGCUCAUGACCGGCGGAGCGACGAAAGUCCCAGCAGGAGGUAAAACCACCAUUGCCAAACCAGCCACCACCGCCAAACCUGCCACCACCACUAAGGCUCCCACCUCUAAACCCCCUGCAACGACGAAGCCAACCGCUGCCAAGGCGGACGUCGAUUCUACGCGGGCGGCGAGUGCCAACACCGGCGGGGGCAGUGUUCCUCCCAAAGCGGCUGUCAAGCGCGACGACGCCCAAGCACCGAUCAAACCCCGACCCAUUACCAAGAAGCCGCCGACGUAUGUGGAGAUUCGUGAGUCUGACGAAAGCAGUGGAGAAGAGUUUGAGGGGCAGGAGGAAGAAGAGGAGGAGGAGAGUGACGAGGAAGAGGAUAAGGUGGUGGUCGUGAAGAAGGCACGUCGAAAGGUGGUCAAGAGCCCGGCGGUCAUUACUGAUGCGAUGGACGCCGGCGGGGACGAGAUUGAGUGGUCACAGCGGGACUUGGAGCAGGAGGAGAAAGACGCGGAGUGGCAGGUAGCAGAUCGCCGAGACCCAUGCGUCACAGACUGGACGACCAAGGACUGUCGCCGCGGCCCCCUAUAUUGGGGUUCCUACGAAGAGCCUCUCGCGACGUCAGGUCCCAUCAAAAAGCGGGAGCUCGUAGAUCGCGACGUCAACCCGCUCGACAAAGAUGGGUUCGCCAAGUACGUUCUGGCGGAUGUCUACGACGAACCCUGCCGUGCUUGCCGCCUGGCGACAAAGCCUCGGGUUUGUGUCUUCGCAGGGCUGAAGCCCAGUCCCUUGGGUUUGACCUUCUCCGCCGAACAAGCCAACGCGGCGGCUUGCGCCUAUUGCAAGCACAGCAGGAGGAAAUGCGAGGAGCAUAGCCGCGGUCGGACACGUCAGAUUGUCCUCAAUCCAUUCCACGACCACACCCCGCCGACGAAAGGGAAGGGCAAGACAAAGGGGGAGGCAAAGGCAAAGGCGGAGACGAAGGUCAAGGCGGAGACGAAAAAGGCGGAGCCAAAGGGCAAGGUGGAGACGAAGAGUACUCCGGCGGGGAAGACGCGAGCGCGACAUGCGCCGACGGAGCAGGAAGUAAAGGAAGUAACAAUGAGAACUCUUCAAUCACGACUUAUUUCUCUGGAGGGUACUUGCGCGGAAUUGGGUAAGAAGGUUAUUGACAUGGAGGGCAAGGUGAUGAGGGUGGUCAAGUCCAGCGUCGACAAGAUAUUGCUGGAUGUGAAGCAGUUGGAGCAGGACCACAAGUCCACCAAGACCUACGUCGAGCAGAAGACGUGCUCCGCCAUGGAGGCACUCGCCAAUUUGGGCAACGCCGUGCACAAGACCCUAGAGGGGAUCGUGGUCACCCUGGAUGACGUCCCAGACCAAUUGCGGGAUGCCCUGCAAAGUGUCGUCGAGCGCCCCGACGGAGGCGAUGUGGAAUCGGCGUUGGCGGGGAUGAGAGAUAUGCAGGCUAGGUGGGCCACCCUCGCUGACCUCGUUGAGGGGGUGAUUCCGAAAGCCAGGCGACUGGAGGAUGUAGCUGAGGCAUCCACACCACCUCCUGAACGCCCCGCCCCACCAUCAUCCAUACCUCCACAGUCAGAGAGGGGGAUGUCUGUUGGCGACUCCCCGCCGGCGACCACGUUGGAGCCCCCGGCGGAGGGCACAGAGGCCACUGAUGGACAGGUGGACGUCGAGAUGUUGGACGUGGAUCCGGAGGGGGAGGCUGAGGGUGAGGCUAAGGGGGAUGCUGAGGGUGAGGGUGAGGGUGAGGGUGAGGGUGAGGGUGAGGGUGAGGGUGAGGCGGAGCAUGAGGGGGAGCCUGGUGUGGAUGCGGCAGCAUCACCGAAGGAGACUGAGGUGACUCCCGCCGCCGUUGAGGUGCCUGUUGAUACCACGGCCAAUGAACCCGCAAGCCCUCAAGACACAUCGAAUCCCAAGCGAAAGCUUGAUGAUGACGCGGAGGAUGCCCCUGUCGAAAAGAAGAAGAAGAAGGCCGCCGCCACCAAGAAGAAAGCUCCCGCACGUCGUAAAGGUCGGUCCAGGCCCGCGGACGCUGAUGCCACGCCCCCACAAGACGUAGAUGAGGAGGGAGAACAGGUUGAAGGGGAGUAA